UUUUGUUUAGCACUCGUAGUCAUAUACCUGUACGUACUGUAUAAAUUCUUUAUCAAAUUGAACACGUUGCAACUGCAUUUUACUGUAUGAAAGUUAAAGGCUCAAAGAGGGAAGAGUAAAAGAGAUUAAAGAGGAAAACUACAGAUUCACCAACAUUAUUUGCAGAAACAACCCAAGAAAGAUUAUACAUGAGAGGAAGCUAUCUGGCAUAUCCAGCUCUUUUGGUAGUAGCUAAGAGGUCUGAGAACAUCAUCUAGACAUUCAGUGAAAGAAAUGUAUUGUCUAUCAAAAUCGGGAAUUAGCUUUGACAACAUGGCUAGAUAGCUUGUUCCAUACUCCCACAACCAUUUGCAUAAAGAAGUACCUCCUUCUCAGUUUCUUAGUCUUAAAAUGCAUUUCCAUGUAAUUUCCAGUUGUGGCCUCUGGUCCACUGAUGGAUCUGCUUUGUCUGUGACUUUUGAGGAUUUUGAAUAUUUAUAUAUAUUUAUUAUGACCCCCAUCUCCUCUGCUGAAUCCUGAAAUGGUUGGAUUCUUUUAGCCUGUCAAUGUAGCUUAUGUGAUUUUACUCUGAGGUCUCCUGUGCCAGUAUCCAGUAUUCCAGUACUUAAGAAAGGUACAGCCUUUCUUAGCUUCUGAGUUCUGACCAGUUGAGGCUACAACAAGCUAACACUAACUUUUUUCCCAUACUUUGUAUCAUGGAGAAUAAAGACAAAAAUCAAGCUGAAUUUUAGAGAAGCCCUCAUCAGAUACCAAUCUGAUAUGAUAAGGACUGUGGGAACAGAAAAUACUUAUGUUUCUGUUCAGGGAAAUAUAUUUUGACAACCAUAUAUCAUUACACUUCAUUCAAACAUCUUUUAUUGGUUUCACUCAUCUGCAUAACUGAGACAACUUAGAGCUGGCUUGUGACCUGCAAUAGAUCUAAAGCCUGGGCUGCAGUUCAUAUUUUUUGUCAGAGAGCAUUCCUUAUCUAUACUUGCAGGAUGGAGUUCUUAGAAACACGCCCCAAAACCACUCCACUGGGUAGUGUGUAACAUCGGUGACAGUAAAAGAAAAGUUUGUUUUUCAGAAGCCAACUUCCACAUAUUUUGUGCCAGUUAACUUGUUUUUUUUUAUUCUGCUUUGGACGUCCUUUUGCAAAUAUUCACCCCUUGGAAAACCAGACAAAAAUGUGUCAAGCAUAUUUUAUGUUCCUUCUGCCUCUGCUGUUUGACUGUAGCUUUGGAACAACUCAAACACCUCUUAAUAAGGCUGUCUAUGGUGACAAUAUAACAGAAAUCCCUGACUCUUUAGGGAGUGGUAUUACACGAGUAUAUUUUGUGCAAAGUCAGAUUUCUACAAUCAAAAAUGGAGCCUUCAGAAACUACACUGGAGUUGAAAAGCUGGUGUUCAUGAACACACCUACUUUUUCAGUAGAAGCCGCAGCAUUUGAAGGAUUGGAUAAUAUAAUUGAAAUUGAAAUUUCAGGCUCAAUGCUGACAUCUCUACCUAUCGGUCUCUUUAACAGUUUGGAUAAUUUGACAACACUUAUUUUGAAAAGCAACAGAAUUCAAACCAUAGAGAAGGGGUUAUUUGAUGGCCUUACAAAUUUACGAGAACUCCAACUACAUAUGAAUCAAAUUGCUUUACUACCUGAGGAAAUAUUUGAUCAGCUUCAAAGUCUUAAAACACUUCACCUGGCGAAAAACAACAUCAGCUCUCUGUCAACAGAAAUUUUUAGUAAACUUCAGAAAUUACAAAAACUACGGGUUUACGAAAAUCUGAUCAAUGUUAUUCCGAGAGGGAUCUUUGAUAAUCUUCCAGAUUUGGCAGAAAUUGGACUUCAAGGCAACAAGAUGACAACAUUGCCCCAGGAUUUAUUUUCUAACAACAAAAACCUCGAAAAGCUUUUUCUGGAGAAAAAUUCAUUGUCUGACCUACCUACAGGAAUCUUCUUUGAUCUUCCUAAAAUAAGAACACUAACACUAAAUAAUAACCAGCUAACAAGCCUUCCUGUAAAUCUGUUUGGAGAAAUGCCCAAAUUUACUGUUCUAAAUCUCACAACGAACAAACUGAAAACGCUUCCACAAGGAGUAUUCAGUAACCUCACAAAUCUAAAGAAACUUUACUUGUCUGACAACCAGUUUACCAGUUUGUCAAAAGAGUAUUUUGAGGGCCUCAAAAACCUCACGGACCUCCACUUACAAUAUAACUUUAUUGGGUCUUUAGAGAAAGAGAUUUUUGGCGAUAUGUCUCAACUGCGGACAAUCAAUCUAAUGAAUAACAGUUUGAACACUCUUCCUGAUGGCAUAUUUAAGUCCUUGAAGAAACUUGUCAAAGUACAUCUAAACAACAAUCCUUGGCAUUGUGACUGUAGAAUGACAUAUCUAUUCAACUGGAUAAAAGGAAAUCCACAGAAAAUUAAAACAUCUUCAUCAAUUACUUGUGAAAGUCCCGAAAACUUAAAGGGACAAAAUAUUGCUUCUCUUACAGAGGAUCAGUUGUUAUGCUUAACAACCACAGUACCUACUACAACUUUGGCUACCACAAUAAUAAAGAGCACUACAGUUCCUUCAACUACAACAUGGCCUACGACAGCUUUGACAACAGAGGAAGGAACAACAACAAUUAGGGCCAUAACAACAAUACCAAGCACAGCGGCCACUACUUCUGAGAAGAUUAUAUCCACAGCACCAGACACGACAUUUACAAAUCUUAUAACUACGGAGGUUUCUACCAUUGUGUUGACCACGCUGGCCUCUACGUCUGGGACGAUAACAUCCACUGCACCACAUGCAACAUCUACAGAACUUACAACCACUGAAGUAUCUACCACAGUGUUCACCACUACAGAGUCAAUUACAUCCACAGCGCCACACACAACAUCUACGCAGCUUGUAACAACAGGGGCAUCCACAAGCACUCCAACCACAGCAUUUGGCACCACCACCGUUCUUCACACUACAACUGACACCACUGUUCAGCCACCUACAGUGACAGAAACAACCACAGCCUUGAUCACCUCCACCCACCUGAAAACAUCACUCACAUUCACAACACCAGCAAUUACAACAGCAAUGUGGACAACUACUGCGUUUGUUACCCACACCCCAGCAGACACAACAGCGGUCACCACCGCAAUCUUUAGCACGACAACAGCAGCUGAAACAACCCAGCUGACUACUUCCCUCCCAGAAUCCACUUCAUUCCAGCUCAUAACAGCAAAAACAACAAAUCUGUCAUAUAGGUUUCAAAGCAGAAGCAGCAUGUCCCACUGUGAGAUGCUAAUGAUAUCAUAUACCACAAUGCUCUUGGUGGAAAUUUGCUGUUGUGUGGUUCUGGCCAGGUUUGUGUAUUUGGUUCACAAGUGUGUUCAACAGGAAAGGAAGAUAGAUGCUGCUGUCAAUCUGACUCACUUUUGUUACAAAAAGGAGGUGACUCUUUGGCCCAUAAACCAGACUGAGACACAUAAUUUGUGAAAUUACAAGAGUAUUACAUGUAAAAAAUAUGAACAAACCUUUUCAGAAUAUGGGUAGGUAUGAAGCAUACUUAAUAAAAUUUCUUCUACAGUUUAACCUUGAAAAUCGAUGUAUAUCGAUUUUUUUCAGAGAAGACAAAGCAUUUCAUUGUGAUAGAAAGAUUGGUGAUGAAAAAAGUUACAGAUAUUUGACAAAUAGUUUUAAAACUUGCUUAUGAUUAUUUUAAAAAAUGCAAAGAAAAUAUUGAAGGUGUAAUUUAAAGGUUGUUAAGUGUGAAGGUUUCGUGUGUAAGAAAUACAUUUUUUCUAGUGGUGGGUUUAAACUAAUGGAAGGAUGUUAAAAAUGUAGUAUAGAAGCCAUAGGAUAUAUAGUACUAUAUGAUGUAGUGGGAUGCGUGUGAGCAUUGCCUGACCCUUGAAAAGUUGUGAUGCCAUCUCAAAUUCUGUCUAAUCAGAAAGAUUCAAAAAGAUCAAGGUGUGGUCAACAGCAGAUCUAGCUUCCCCUCUUACAGAUAUUCUAAUGUGGGGCCCAGGCCAUACCUUUCCUGAGGGCUGGAUUUCUGACAGAAGUUCCAUUGUGAACUCAUUAAUCUGUCAUGCAGGUGGAAAACUGGCUGGACUGAAGGGUUCUCUUCUCAGCCUUAAACCCUUGUUGUCAGGGUAAUUCUAUCAAAUUGGAGACAGCAUUUGGUGCCGUUCAAAGCUUUAGCAGUAAAGGAGUUAUACUUUAUUGUAUGUUAGCCCUGUGUCACGAAACCCUGUCCUUUUUUUGAGACAGGCACUGAAACGAAGAAUGCCCAAAUGAUUAAAGGAAUUCAAAUUCUAUCAUCACUGAUACUGUUGCACACAAAUAUUGUGCCCAUUUAAUUCCUGCUGUACAAAGUCAUACAAAUCUCUUGAAAUUGGGUCCAAUCAUACCAAAACUAAAGUAAACUGUAUUCAAAAUCCAAAAUUAAAUGCAGUUCAAAGUUUACUACAUUGACACCUUACCAACAUAACACAGGACAGUAUCUUGUAUUUUUAGUGGUCUGGGUGAUUGAUCUUGAACAUGACCUGGGAUACUUAUGACUGGUCCACCUUCCCUGUUUCAGUUGUCACUAAACUGUCACUGUAUGAUUGACUAAAACAUAAUUUAACUGCACUAAAAAGAUUUGAAGUAGACAUAACAAAAGGGCUCCCUUCAGUUCUCAGCAUAAGAGAUGGGUAUAAAUGCUCUGGUGGGAUGAACAUAUCCCACACCCCUUUUUAGGGGAAAACAAAACAAAUGUUUUGAUAAACAAUAUUGUUUGAGAGAUAGUCAAAGCUCAGAUCUGGAAUAUGCUGACAAGUUUGCCAUCACAGCAGCCCUAUAGAAUACAGUCUACAUCUUGUUAGUGCAACCAGGUGUCACUUAGUUCAAUGGAGGGAUGGGACAAAUAACGUCGGUGAUGUAUUUUAAUUUCCUUUAUGUUGUUAAAUAAAAAAUAAACUUAAAUUUUCAUUGCAUAUGUUGAUUUGCCUUUUACAGUAUAUAAUAUAUAAAAUGACCCAAACAAGGGUAAUCAUGUAUGUUUACCAGGCUUCAAUGGGAACGUUUUUUUAAAUCUUGAACAGGAAUGGCUAGGAUUAGACUUGAUUAGUAAUCAGAAAUCAAGUAAGAACCUUUGACAGUGAAACAUUAAGUGGAAACUAAGAGGAAUUACAUAAGAAUUAAGAACAGGAGACACUUCUUUACUUAGUGAGCACUGUGCAUUUGGAUCAGCUUACCCCACCAUAUUGUUUCUUCCUUCUGUUUUGAAACUGGUUGUAUUUUCAAGACAGCUUUAAUAAGAGAUGAUUUUAGUAUUUGUUCAUAGAAGAAAUGGGCAGAUUGAUAAGUGACAGAGCCAAUACAUACAGCAUGGAAAAACAGGAGUCUCAUGUUUAAAUCUACAGUACACUAUGUAACCUGUCCCUCUGACCAGAGUUGCUUUUGGGGUAAAAGGUCAUAGGCCAACACUACUGUAUCAACAGUCCCUGGUCCUGCCAUUGUAAGAUCCUGGACUGUGAUAAAAUAGGUCCUGCAAUAAACCCUGCUUUGUUUAGCUAGAUGGAGUGCUGUGCUUGUCUUGGGUGGGACUCUGUUAGCAAACUCCUUAAUGCAUCAAUUAUGCCUUCAUUAAGCUCUAAUUUAGCACAGGUGUUUGGCAACAAAAUACGAUUAAUUAUCCCUUUAAAAGAAGAGAGAAGGGGGUUCAAAUGGUUUGUCAUCAGCUCUUAUUAAGAGUGCUGAAUGAUCUCAUUGUUAAAGCAAAGAGAGGCAUAUUAGCAUGGUCAGGCUUGAGUGCCACAAGCAUCUGAGCUAUUAUAUGUGCUCUAGCAGGCAGGCAAUGUACAGACAAGCUGGGCUGUUCCUUAGGGACCUUCUGAAGAAGCCAGAUCUGAACUUUACUUUCCCUGAGGUAGCAUCCAUCAUUAGAAGAUGUAAUGAGACUUUUCUGAUUAUAGCUAAAUUGAACUAAAGUACUUCUGAGGUGUGCUUAGUAUAUAGCUAUUAUUUUUAAAUAGAGAAUAUUGUUGUAGUUAUUAAAACUUCCUGUGAUGAACACUCUGUUAUUCUUAAUUUCUUUAAAUAAUUUAAAAUACAGAGCCUCUUCACUUAUAUUCUAGAGAGACCAAAGAGAAUGAUUUCUGUUCCUGUCGGUAAAUCAUUUAAUAUUAAUACUGAAAAUGUAGACCAAACUGAGGCUCGUAUGGUGAUAUCAGAUUGCACCCAUAGAACAUAUGGAUUAAUGAAGGAUUCUUAUAAUUUUGUUCAUGUUGCCAUUAAACA